CCAGCCAAUGGCGUAGCUCCGUUGCCCGUUUCUUCCUGAUUCCGUCCACUUAUCAUUGAGCCCGAAACGUCACAAGCGCCUUCUCCGCUUGCCCGCACGAGAGAGAGACAGCACUGCCCUUGCACACAGUUAGGCCCGGAAAAGAUCCAGAACCAUGUCCAUCCUGAAGAUUCACGCUCGUGAGAUUUUUGACUCUCGUGGCAACCCCACUGUGGAGGUUGAUCUGUACACCAAGAAAGGUCUUUUCAGAGCUGCAGUGCCUAGCGGUGCCUCCACAGGCAUCUAUGAGGCUCUGGAGCUCCGUGACAAUGACAAAACCCGCUAUAUGGGCAAAGGUGUCUCAAAAGCUGUAGAGAAUAUCAAUAAAACAAUUGCACCUGCACUGGUUAGCAAGGAUGUGAGCGUUAUUGAGCAGGGCAAGAUCGACCAGUUGAUGCUGGACAUGGAUGGCACAGAAAACAAAUCUAAGUUUGGUGCAAAUGCCAUCCUGGGCGUCUCCCUGGCUGUGUGCAAGGCUGGUGCAGCAGAGAAGGGUGUUCCCCUCUACCGCCACAUCGCUGACCUGGCUGGCAACCCUGAAGUCAUCCUUCCUGUCCCUGCUUUCAACGUCAUCAACGGCGGCUCCCAUGCAGGCAACAAGCUGGCCAUGCAGGAGUUCAUGAUCCUGCCUGUAGGAGCCAGCACCUUUAAGGAGGCCAUGCGUAUUGGUGCUGAGGUCUACCACAACCUGAAGAAUGUCAUCAAGGAGAAAUAUGGCAAGGACGCCACUAAUGUAGGAGAUGAGGGAGGCUUUGCCCCCAACAUCCUGGAGAACAAGGAAGCUCUGGAGCUGCUGAAGAAUGCCAUCGCAAAGGCCGGCUACACCGAUAAGAUUGUUAUUGGCAUGGAUGUGGCUGCCUCUGAGUUCUACAAGGGUGGCAAGUACGACCUGGACUUCAAGUCCCCUGAUGACCCCAGCCGCUACAUCUCCCCUGACCAGCUGGCUGACCUCUACAGAAGCUUUGUCAAAGAUUACCCCGUGGUGUCCAUUGAGGACCCCUUUGACCAGGAUGACUGGGAGGCGUGGACCAAAUUCACAGCCAGCACCAGCAUCCAGGUGGUGGGCGAUGACCUCACAGUCACCAACCCCAAACGCAUCGCCAAGGGCGUGGCUGAAAAGUCCUGCAACUGCCUGCUGCUUAAAGUCAACCAGAUCGGCUCCGUCACAGAGUCCCUGCAGGCCUGCAAGAUGGCCCAGAGCAACGGCUGGGGCGUGAUGGUCAGCCAUCGCUCUGGAGAGACAGAGGACACCUUCAUCGCUGACCUGGUGGUCGGUCUCUGCACCGGACAGAUCAAGACAGGUGCACCUUGCCGAUCUGAGCGCUUGGCCAAGUACAACCAGCUGCUCAGGAUUGAAGAGGAGCUCGGCGACAAGGCCCGUUUCGCCGGCCAGAACUUCAGGCACCCCAUCUGAGCUGGUCCACCUCCUUGGGCCUCUGUGUGUUCACUGCUCAUAAAUAAUCUCCACACAUAUAUUAUACGCCACACUAGGUUGCCUUCCCUGUCUGGAGAAAGAGAUGGAGAGAUUACUGCUGAAAUCCAAGGUCCAAGUCUGUGGUCUGUGGGGUGGAGAAGCCACAGUACGUCCUAGUACAACCACAGCUCAGCUCAUCCUCAAACUAUGCUUAAGCUCCUGAAUAGUGUUGGUCCCUAUCUUUUGUCCGUGUAACUGUGUGAGAGUUUUGUUUAGCUUCUUGUGAGUUUUAGCGAUUUUUGGUCUUCCACUGAGUAUUUGAGCUACUGUAACUGUAGUACGGCUCUGCCUCAAGCAGUAGGGACAGUACUGUAUGUGCAAUGUGUCUCAUAUGACAAGGUCUUGUGUUGCUGUAAGUGUUGGCAAAAAUAAACAUGGUUUGAAACAUU